AUGCUUUUUUCUUUCCUAUAUUUCCUUCCUUCCUUCCUUCCUUCCUUCCUUUCUUUCUUUCUUUCUUUCUUUCUUUCUUCCUUCCUUUCUUUCUUUCUUUCUUUCUUUCUUUCUUUACUUACUUAUCUGUCUUUCCUUUCUUUCUUUACUUAUUUAUCUGUCUUUUUCUUUUUCUUUCUUUUCUUUCUUUCUUUCUUUCUUUAUUUCUUUGAUCUUUUCUUUCUUUCUUUCUUUCUUUCUUUUCCUUCCUUCCUUUCUUUCUUUCUUUCUUUCUUUCUUUUUUCACCUUCCUUCCUUCCUUCCUUCCUUCCUUUUCCUUCCUUAUCUGUCUUUUCUUUCUUUCUUUCUUUCUUUCUUUCUUUCUUUCUUUCUUUACUUACUUAUCUGUCUUUCCUUUCUUUCUUUCUUUCUUUCUUUCUUUCUUUCUUUCUUUCUUUUUUCUUUCUUUCAUCCUUUCUUCCUUCCUUUCUUUCCUCCUUCCUUCCUUUCCUUCUCUCUCUCUUUCUUUCUUUCUUUCUUUCAUUCUUUCUUUCUUUCAUCCUUUCUUUCUUUCUUUCUUUCUUUCUUUCUUUCUUUCUUUCUUUCUUUCUUUCUUUCUUUCUUUCACUUUCUCUUUAUGUUUUCGUUCAUUCUGUCUCCUUUUCUUUCUUUCUUUCUUUCUUUACUUACUUAUCUGUCUUUCCUUUCUUUCUUCUUUCUUUCUUUCUUUCUUUCUUUCUUUCUUUCAUCCUUUCUUCCUUCCUUUCUUUCUUUCUUUCUUUCUUUCCUUUCUUUCUUUCUUUCCUCCUUCCUUCCUUUCCUUCUUUCUUUCUUUCUUUCAUUCUUUCUUACUUUCUUUUCUUUCUUUCUUUCUUUCGUUCACUUUCUCUUCAUGUUUACGUUCUUUCUGUCUCCUUUUCCUUCUUUCUCACAACCGUUCGCCCUCUAUUUAUUUUCCUCCUCUUUGUAUUGAUCUCUGUUCAGUUUUUUCUAUCGACCUUCCUAAAUUUUAUUUUACUUCCUAUGCGUUUCUCUUGCGGGUUCUCUUCCUCCUUCAAUAAAACUCUCACUUGGCUUUCUUCUUCUUCUGUUUCUCCUUGGUCUCUCUUCACACCCUCUCCUUCUCUCUCCCUCUUUCUUGCUCUCUUUCUUCUCCCUUUCUCGCUCUCUGUCUGUCUCUGA